AUGGCCUGCAGUCUUUCCUGCCUCCUGCUGGUGCUGUGCAGUCUGACAGUGGCUGAGGCUCAGCUGAAGCUGUUUAACCUGCGGGCCAGUGAUCUUCCCUCUAACAUCCUGGGAACCACUGAUGGCUACGUCAAGGUGUUUUGUGGCUCAGCCAAUCUAGGUGAGACGUCCGUCCGCAAUGACGACUCAAACCCCUGGUGGGAGGAGGAGUUCGUCCACUUCAAGGCCAAGGAGAAUGAUGUGCUGAGGCUUGAGGUUCAUGACAGCGACUUGCUCUUCGAUGACUUGCUGGGAGUCUGCCAGAGACAGAUAAAGGUGGGAACCCACAAGCACAGCUGCUUCCUGAAGGAAGGCGGCAUCCUCCAUUACGCCUACACACUUGGCGGGAAAAGUCAUUAG